CUUGCAUAAAUUACAACUCUUCCCGCCAUGUAACCCUUUGACAUUAUGUCUUGCGCCUCCAACUACUACUGCUCGUUACUCAAACUCUGCUGUGAAACCCAAAACCAAAUCCAAGCCAAAAAGCUUCAUUGCCUAAUAAUCAAAACCAUACCAAACCCAGAGACGUUCCUAUUGAACAACCUUAUCAACGCGUACAGUAAACUAAGCAACUUUACCUAUGCACGCAAUGUGUUCGAUCAAAUUCGUCAACCAAAUCAGUUCUCAUGGAACAUCAUUCUCUCCGCUUACUCCAAAUCAGGGCAGCUCUCGAAAAUGCACGAACUCUUUAGUCGGAUACCAAGACGAGAUGGGGUCUCUUGGAAUUCUGUUAUUUCAGGGUAUGUGUCUCACGGGUCAUUUUAUAAAGCGUUGGAGGCGUAUAACUUGAUGUUGAAAGAUAGGUCUAUGAACUUGAAUAGAAUUACGUUUUCGACAAUGCUUAUAUUGUCUUCAGAUCAGGGUUGUAUUGAGUUGGGUUCGCAAAUUCAUGGACAGAUAGUGAAAUUUGGGUUUGAGUCAUAUGUUUUUGUGGGUAGUCCUUUGGUGGAUAUGUACUCGAAAGCAGGUCUAAUUUAUGAGGCAAAGCGGGUUUUUGAGGGUUUAGCGGAGAGGAAUGUGGUCAUGUACAAUACGAUGAUUAUGGGUCUUUUGCGUUGUGGGAUGAUAGAGGAAUCGGAGGAUUUAUUUCAUUGUAUGCCUGAUAAGGAUUCGAUUUCAUGGACCACAAUGAUUACGGGACUUACGCAAAAUGGAUUGGAGAGAGGUGCAGUGGAUUUGUUUCGGAAAAUGAGGUCGGAGGACUUGGCUAUUGAUCAGUUUACUUUCGGAAGCGUCUUGACUGCUUGUGGUGGUCUUGUGGCAUUGAGGGAAGGCAAGCAGAUUCAUGCUUAUGUAAUUAGGACAGACCAUAUGGAUAAUGUUUUUGUUGGUAGUGCCCUCGUUGAUCUGUAUUCCAAGUGCAGAAGCAUUAAGUAUGCUGAAUCGGUUUUUGAGAGAAUGACUCAGAAAAAUAUUGUAUCUUGGACGGCAAUGGUGGUGGGCUAUGGUCAGAAUGGAUACAGUGAAGAUGCUGUUUGGAUCUUUUCCGAAAUGCAGAGGAAGGGUAUUGACCCAGAUGAUUUUACACUUGGAAGUGUAAUUAGCUCGUGUGCAAAUCUGGCAAGCCUUGAGGAGGGUGCACAAUUUCAUGGUCUUGCAUUAGUUUCAGGCUCAAUUUCUUUUAUCACAGUUUCUAAUGCACUUGUAACAUUGUAUGGUAAAUGUGGAAGCAUAGAAGAGUCUCAUCAAUUGUUCAAUGAGAUGAAUAUUAGGGAUGAAAUCUCAUGGACUGCAUUGGUUUCAGGCUAUGCCCAGUUUGGAAAAGCGAAGGAAACAAUUGAUUUAUUUGAGAAAAUGUUGGCCAAUGGUCUGCAACCCGAUGGAGUUACUUUCAUCGGUGUUAUAUCAGCUUGCAGUAGGGCAGGACUAGUAGAGAAAGGGCAUAAAUAUUUUGAAUCCAUGGUAGAGGAACAUGGAAUCAUGCCACUUCUGGAUCACUAUACUUGUAUGAUUGAUCUAUUCAGUCGAGCUGGGCAGCUUGAGGAAGCAAAAAAUUUCAUACAUAAAAUGCCUUACCGUCCUGAUGCAAUUAGCUGGGCGACAUUGCUGAGCUCUUGUAGAAAUCACAGUAACAUGGAAAUUGGGCAAUGGGCAGCAGAAUCUCUGCUGGAACUGGAGCCCCAAAACCCUGCAAGCUACAUCUUGCUCUCAAGCAUGUAUGCUGCUAAAGGGAAAUGGGAUAAGGUGGCUCAAUUAAGGAGAGGAAUGAGAGAUAAGGGUGUAAGAAAGGAGCCGGGAUAUAGCUGGAUUAAAUUUAAGAAUAAAGUUCACAUUUUCUCAGCUGAUGACAUAUCAAGUCCGUAUUCCGACCAGAUAUAUGCUGAGCUGGAGAUAUUGAACUUUAAAAUGGUAGAGGAAGGAUAUGUUCCUGACAUGAGUUCUGUUCUGCAUGACAUUGACGAGUCAGAGAAAAUAAAGAUGCUCAAUCACCACAGUGAGAAGCUUGCUAUUGCCUUUGGUUUGAUUUUUGUUCCUUCUGGUCUGCCCAUACGAGUGGUCAAAAACCUUCGAGUAUGUGUGGAUUGCCACAAUGCAACUAAAUUCAUAUCGAAGAUUACAGAGAGAGAGAUCCUUGUAAGAGAUGCUGUCCGGUUCCAUUUGUUCAAAGAGGGAACAUGUUCAUGUGGAGAUUUCUGGUGAUGAGUACAGUUAGUGCGUGAAGUUUUAUAAGAGCACCAUGAUACUAUCAAAUGCAUCAGGUGAGUGGCUGAAAGCCAGGAUAACGUGCAUUUGGAAGUAGAUCCAAACUCUUACGGUUGAAGAAAUUGGUCACAACACUUAAGAUUAACACUGUUAUUAGGUUGAAUCUCAAAACUGUGUUUGAUCUCAAGAAAAUCUUAUAAAACUUAUAUACAAAAGAGAACCGCCUCUAGACAUGUUUUAUCUC